GACUUCCUCACCACUCCCCACAUUAUACACACCCCACCGACUCACGACCUGUUUUUGUGCCCGUGUAUCCUUGUACACGAUAUCUGUUCGUGCAUUGACUUAAUAUGAGCUCUCCUUUGCGCUCCAACAUGUCUUCCGCGAACCGUGGGGCAGGCCCCGGUAGAAGUAACAACAAACGCUCUCGCGAUGACGGGCUUUCAUCUUCUGGAGCGCUUCCCCCUUCAAGCCCGAUGGCUUCCUCGCCGCCAAUGCUACCUCAAGACGACGAUGCGGACAUGCUUGACGACGAUGACAUCAUCCGCGAUGUUGACGACUUGGACGAGGAGGCCGAAGAAGCUGAGGGCAUCGACCUUUUCGCAGACGACUUCGAGAACGAUUACAGCAGGCGCGAGAACGACGCGUACGAGGGCGACGGCAUAGACGACGAAGGCCAAUACGACGAACUUACCCUUGAUCAAAGGCGAGAGCUUGAGAGACGUCUCAAUGCCCGUGAUCGGGAAGCUAGACGCCGUAUGCCAGCCGCUUUCUUGCCAGAUGAUGAUGAAGACGGCUUGGCCGACCUCAUGGGUCAGGGCCGCCGCCGUGUACGGAGACAUCGAUAUGACGAAGAUCAGGAUGAUAUGGAUAUGGGCGAUGAUGUCAUGAACGAGGAGCUCACCCUGGAGGCCUUGACAGACGUUAAAGCCAAUAACCUGACUGAUUGGGUGGCUCAACCACAGGUCGCUCGUACUAUCGCGCGGGAGUUCAAGAACUUUCUGACAGAAUACACGGACGAGAACGGGACAUCAGUGUACGGCACGCGCAUCCGCACACUUGGCGAGGUCAACGCCGAAUCGCUUGAAGUGUCGUUCGAUCACCUUGCCGAGUCCAAGGCUACACUUGCAUACUGGCUUGCAAACACCCCGACCGAGAUGCUGAAGAUCUUCGAUCAGGUGUCCAUGGAAGUUGUGCUACUCCAUUACCCCGAUUACGAGCGUAUUCACAACGAAAUCCACGUCCGAAUCACAGACGUACCUGUUCAGUACACUCUGCGUCAGCUUCGUCAGUCUCAUCUGAACAGCUUGGUCCGCGUCAGUGGAGUUGUCACUCGCCGCAGCGGAGUCUUUCCCCAGCUCAAGUACGUUAAGUUUGACUGCACAAAGUGCGGCACAACGCUGGGUCCCUUCCAUCAAGAUUCGAACGUCGAGGUCAAGAUUUCGUUCUGUCAAGAGUGCCAGUCUCGUGGGCCUUUCACAGUUAAUUCGGAACGAACAGUAUACCGCAACUACCAGAAGCUCACAUUGCAAGAAUCGCCAGGCACCGUCCCUGCUGGUCGCCUGCCUCGUCACCGCGAGGUCAUCUUGCUUUGGGAUCUGAUUGACUCUGCAAAGCCUGGCGAAGAGAUUGAAGUCACUGGCAUCUACCGCAAUAACUACGAUGCCGCUCUCAACAACAAGAACGGGUUCCCGGUCUUUGCCACAAUUCUGGAGGCAAACUACGUAGUCAAGUCUCACGACCAGCUGGCUGGUUUCCGACUUACAGACGAGGAUGAGCGCGAGAUCCGACAAUUGGCUAAGGAUCCUAAAAUUGUUGAUAAGAUUAUCAACUCGAUCGCGCCCAGUAUUUACGGCCACAUCGAUGUCAAGACCGCUGUUGCGCUAUCUUUAUUCGGUGGUGUCAGCAAAGAGGCUGCUGGACGUCAUUCCAUUCGUGGCGACAUCAACGUGUUACUCCUAGGAGACCCAGGUACAGCCAAGUCUCAAGUACUGAAGUACGUCGAGAAGACUGCUCAUCGUGCCGUCUUUGCCACUGGCCAGGGAGCUUCCGCUGUCGGUUUGACUGCCUCAGUUCGCCGCGACCCAAUGACUAGCGAGUGGACUCUGGAGGGAGGUGCAUUGGUGCUUGCCGAUAAGGGUACAUGUCUCAUUGACGAGUUCGACAAAAUGAAUGACCAGGAUCGAACAUCCAUUCACGAAGCCAUGGAACAGCAGACCAUCUCCAUCUCCAAGGCUGGUAUCGUCACAACCCUUCAAGCCCGUUGCGCCAUCGUUGCAGCUGCUAAUCCCAUUGGCGGACGCUACAAUUCCACCAUCCCCUUCUCCCAGAACGUCGAAUUGACCGAGCCCAUCUUAUCCCGUUUCGACAUUCUAUGUGUUGUGCGCGACACAGUCGAUCCCAAGGAAGAUGAGCGACUCGCAAAAUUUGUUGUCAACUCCCACGGUCGUGCCCAUCCUCUUGUCAACUCUGCAUACGGUUACUCGGACAAGGCUAAGACAACACAGGAAGGCGAGAACGCUGAGGGUAUGGAGGUUGACGAUAUAGAGACUGCCCGCAAGGAGGGUGAGAUUCCACAGGAGCUGCUGAGGAAGUACAUUCUUUAUGCUCGUGAGAAGUGCAGACCCAAGCUCUAUCAGAUCGACCAGGACAAGGUUGCCCGCCUGUUCGCUGAUAUGCGCCGUGAGUCAAUGGCCACUGGAGCAUACCCCAUCACCGUCCGUCACCUUGAAGCCAUCCUGCGUAUCGCAGAAUCUUUCUGCAAGAUGCGUCUCUCAGACUACUGCUCAUCGCAGGACAUUGACCGGGCCAUAGCCGUCACGGUGGACUCGUUCGUCGGCUCACAGAAGGUUAGCGCGAAGAAGGCUCUGGCAAGGUCGUUCGCCAAGUACACUCUGAACAGGCCUGGUGCUGUUCGCGCGCCCGCAAGAGCUGGCCGCAACGCUCAGCGAGCGGCUGCGUAAUAUGUUUGAAAACGUAGAUUGCGCAUCGAUCGAUGCAAGCAAAGUUCUUAUUACGGAGCGCGCGUUGGAGUGAAAGGAGAUGUUGCACGAGUUGUUCUCACAGCACCUGGCGUUCGGAGUUUGUCAGUAGCUACAUAUACCAAUCUCGAUUUCCU